UUUUUAUUAAUAAAUAAUAUGACCCUUGAAUUAGAGCUUUUCUUUCGCGUUUUUUGAAUCCUCUGGUAUAAUACCGAUUUAAAGGUUUCUUCCGAAUCAUCCCUGGAAGAAACGUUCCUAAUUUAGUUCAAUCAUAAAUGAAAAUCUGCCAUUUCCUUUUGAAAGUCUGGCAGCUCUGUAGAACUGUCACUUUGCAAAUUGGACUUCUAGCUUCACGUGAUUUUUUCCUUGUGCUUUUCCAGAAAAAUAUUAGCCGGAAAAUGAGUGAUUCAACAAGUGAUAUGGAGAUGCGUGAUUUCGUUGAGGAAGCAAUGGAGGAGAAUAGGUUAUUGCAGUGCGACGAGGACUUCAAUGAGAACGCCGAUGAUCAACCCAUGGAACCCGAACAGAAGGGAGAGGAAAAGAGCCUACUCCAAUUGGUCCUGGACAAGAGCAACAACCACGAUGACUUGGCCUGUUUGUGGGUUAACGAAUACAUGCUAGACUCCACCGCAGCUCUUAUUAGCUUCAUCCAGCUUGUGGUGGAGGCUAGUGGGAGCCACUACCUAAUACCCAAGGACACAAACAUGCCCUUCGCCUACAGAGACAUAGUUAUAGCCGCCACAGUUCAGUUCCGUAAUGUCAGCAUGUACUAUCCCAUGAUUAUGAAGACUGCCGCAUCCUUUGUGAAGAAUGUUGGUGGCUUUGUGCAGAGUCUUCUGAAGACUGCGGAUGGCACGCCCAUAUUCUUCGAUCACAUUUUCCUCAAAGAAGUCACGGGCUUUGUGAUGACCUGCUCUGAGUCGAAAGUGCGUCCCUUCCGUCAUACUAGUACUAUGAUAGGUCUUAAAAUGCUGACCACCCUUCAGGAUCUCUCCACCUUAAACAGUGGCUUGCUGCAAAGUCUGUGGACCUCCAUGUACCAGGUCAUAUUCGUGGACCGCUGUAUGGACGUGGUGGAUGACAUCCGACUGCUCUGCCUUACCGAACUGGGCUUGUGGCUGGAAAAGUAUCCGGACUGCUAUCUGCAACCAGAUCGAGUUCGAUAUCUGUUCGAGGGACUCCAGGAUAGCUCCAGCAAAGUGCGAGAGUGCUGUCUGCAUAACAUCUCGAAGUUAAGUCGCAAUGAGGUCCUUCGUCCCGUUUGUCUGAAUUUGGGAAAGGAGCUCAAGCGGUUUCUGCUGAAUAUUUGCGUUCAGCGGGAGAAUGAACUGGGCGAGUCGGCCCUCAAUAUCCUGUCCGACUUCUACAGCUCUUCGUCUGAGUUUCUGACGGAGGAGGAGUGCCGAUUACUGGAGCAGUUGAUGUUUGCCGCCAACCGGGGAUUGGCCCAGGCAGCAGCUCUGUUUUCCAACGAACGACGCAAAGGACGAACCAAUUGCCAAAAUCUCCGAUCUAUUUUGCAGUUUUUCAACGAAGAUGGACAGUACGAACACACUGCCUACUUGGUGGAUGCCCUCUUUGGGACCUCAGAACUAAUAGUGGAUUGGCGGCUGAUGGUCGAAAUGCUACUAGAAGAGCAAAGCCCAAAGCUAUCCAGGAAGGAGAGCUCUACUCUAAUAGAGAUUCUGUCGCGUGGCGUGAAACAGGCCAUCACGGGUGAGAUACCUCCGGGAAGGUACACCAAAAAUUUGGUAAGAAGACCCAUUGCCGGAUCCAUAAAGCUAGCCACUGAAAUCCUAGGGCCCGUUUUGUCCAAGCUCAUCGAAAAGUAUUGUGCGGAUUCUGAAAAUGUGAAGAAUCUUCUUGAGCUGCCACAGCUGCUGGAUCUGCAAAGUUUGAGCAAGAGCCAAUCAGUCCAAUUGUUGGAGCAGAUAAAGGACAUCAUGUUUACGAGGACCGACAACUCUGUGCUCCGCAUGGGAGCUCGAACAUUGGUGUAUGUGAACCUGGUAGAGGCGUCGAUAAUCAGCGAAAUACUCAACAACGCGGUUACCAACUACAAGAUUGCUUUUCGAACUUGGCAAGAGUCCUAUGGCACCACCAACUAUUGCUCUCCCGGGUCCUCAUCAUCGUCCUCUUCCUCCACCAAGUCCCAGAAGAUGCGAAAGAAUCGUCUGUUGGUAACCCUGCGCUUGGUUUCCGCUCUAUACGGACAGUUCGACCUGAGUGGCUAUCACUUGACAGAGUCCGUAUUGGCCAGCCUGAAGCGGGUGGUCCGGGAAAGGGACAGACCGCAAAGAGAUGACCUUCCGUUCGAGGCACGGGCUCUCUACAUGGAGGUGUGCUACUUCAGUCUCAGCUGGGACUUGAAAAGGGUCCGGAAACACGAGGAGGAUGAUCUGUAUGUGGUGGAGCUGUGUGCGGCUCUCAAGAAGCAUUUCGAAGACUUUCUCUUUGUGACCAGAGAUCUCAUCAAGGACAAGCGAAAUAUUUACCUAGCAAGUGAUACCUAUACCUAUCUCUGCGACCUCUUCGUUCUCUUUGGGGAGCAGUUGCGUUUGAGUGCAAACGCGAAUAUACGCGAUCUCACCUACAAACCGACACUCGAGGACAUCAAACUGGUGGAGAACUUUAUGAUGAGCUACAUCUUCCACGACAGUCCUCUGGAAAUUGUAAAGGAGUGCAACUUCGAUGAACUGCAGAACAAACGGCGAGUCCUGAGCAGCUACUGCAAGCUGGUGGCCUUCAGUGUGGUGCCCAGCAUGAGGGCUUCUAUAAUAUUUCAGCACUACGACAAGUUUUUCGAUGCUUUCGGAGACAUAAUGCGGGCUGCCAUGGAGCGUGCCGUGGACAUCAAUUGUGUCAACUAUGGGAUGACCGUGCUCCAUAGUCUGCUGCUUGUCUACAAGAGAAUAAUGGCCAAUUACCUGGAUGACUCUGAGCGAGUGGCCCACUCGGAUGAGUUCACACAUCUGAUCAGCUUGGCCAAACGACUGGCUCAGACCUUCAAUCCCAAUCUCGUGGAGAACCGGCGCGGUGUCCUAACUCUGCAUCGUGCCGGGAUUAUGUAUGUUCUCGAAUCGGUUCCCUGUGAUCCGACGGCUGCUCCGAAGCAUCUGAUCUUUCUCAGAGUUAUUCAGGAGUUUGUGCCACAGAUUCUGGUACAGGACAAGCCGAAUAUCCAAAAGUUCCUGGAGAGAAUCGAAGAGCCUUCAUUGCCGUCCUGCCGUAAAGAGGUUUGGCUGCCCCUGGAAGGGUACCGUUUCGCUCUAAACACCAAAGUCAUAGCUCGCAAAACCGAUUCCAUGGAUUUCUGAACUUCUAAGAGAAAGAUGAAUUUUAAACGUGUUUUUUUUCAUUAAAAUAAAAAUAAUCGCCUAUCAGAGAAGACUUCAAGGUAGGACCUGC